AUGGCGAGGAAAAAAGGAGACUGUGAGAAGCGGCCGCGGACCGGGCCCAGGCUACCAGCAGCGACAUCGACGGCCUGCGCCUUCGAGCCACUGCGUCGCUUGCUGGGUGCCCCCCAGGAGCUGCGGCGGACGCAGGCGCAGGUGCCGGGCAUCGUGGUGGACCAGGCGGUGGUGUCUGGCACCGUGCUGCUGCGGGUCCCAAGGGACUGCCACUUCUGCAGGCCGCGCUGUCAAGAGGAGAUGCCAAACGUGUACGACGCCUGCGAGGCCCUACCCAGCGCGGACCCCGAGAAGCGCGCGGAGGCGGCGGACGCCUUGUGUAUGGCCCGUCUACUUCUGGAUGCACAGCAGCCAAAAGGCAAUCGCUCUCUUGCCGUGCCGGUGGUUUGGCAAGCCAUGGCUGACGCUCUGCUGGUGGCGGAGGACUUCUCUGAGCAUCCCUACAUGGCGGCUAUGCAGGGCAGAUGCCCCGACGGCCCACCCUCCGCAGAGAAGGAGCUGAUCUCUGCCCAGGCGCAGUAUGUAAGGACCGUCUACAGCUGCCUGCGCGCGCUGGACACGGCUGAAGUGCCGGAGGAAUUGGACGAAGGUCUUUUCCUGCUCAGCUGGCUGCUUCUCUUGAGCCGCCGCUUUGCUGGCCCGGAGGGCUCCACGCUGGUGCCAGGCGUGGAUUUCCUGAACCACUCGUCCCAGCCAAAUGCAUCCAGCGACUGGGAUGAGGACUCGGGCGCUAUUGUAGUGACCACGCUGCAGGAUUUGAAGCCAGGAGAUGAGGUCCUCAUCAGCUACGGCUGCUUGUCCAACCCUCUGCUCUUCCGGACCUACGGCUUCACGCUGCCCUGUGCGCUGGAACCCACCUGGACCUGUACCUUCGGGCAAGCGGAGCUGGCGGAGGUCUGCAACGCGACUCCUGAGCUCGAGGGGCUUCCGAACCUCCACUUGGACGCGAAACUGGUGACGCAAGAGCUGGCCCAGCUUCUUCAGGCGUGGCCCGGCGCGGGGCAGGCGCUCAGGGCGCUGCUUGCCCGGCGCCUGGCAAAGACGCCGCCGGAGUCGCGGAGGCAGCUGCAGAACCGGCCAGCACUGAGCGGCCACGCAGAACGUGUUGCCUUCAGCGAGAUGCUGGGACUGUAA